AUGGAUUUGAACAAGACAAUUGAGUUCUCAACUUCAUCAGCCUCAGUCCCAGAACAAGACUCUCAGAUGCAUAACUUCAUGUCCAUGCCAGCAGCCUUCAUGUCACCCAAUAACCAUCAGCAGUAUGUAAAAGACGGGGAGGCGGCUAGAAAUCAUCGUUUCAAGCAAUUGCUGAAGCAGAACAUGCAGCUAUUCUGGAAUCACCGACUGUACGAGAUUCGCAGUGCUUCAGAGUUUAGAACCCAUCAUCGGCUACCUCUUGCAAGGGUAAAAAAGAUAAUGAAGGCAGAUGAAGGAGUGAAGAUGAUCAGUGCGGACACUCCAGUAUUGUUUGCAAAGGCUUGUGAGCUUUUCAUCCUUGAGCUAACACUACGUUCAUGGCUUCACACUGAUGAAAAUAAGCGCCGAACACUGCAGCGUUGCGACAUUGCUAGAGCUAUAAGGAAUGAAAAACUUCUGGAUUUCUUGGCCGAUGCUGUUCCUUUGGACCACAAGUUUAGAACCCAUCAUCGGCUACCUCUUGCAAGGGUAAAAAAGAUAAUGAAGGCAGAUGAAGGAGUGAAGAUGAUCAGUGCGGACACUCCAGUAUUGUUUGCAAAGGCUUGUGAGCUUUUCAUCCUUGAGCUAACACUACGUUCAUGGCUUCACACUGAUGAAAAUAAGCGCCGAACACUGCAGCGUUGCGACAUUGCUAGAGCUAUAAGGAAUGAAAAACUUCUGGAUUUCUUGGCCGAUGCUGUUCCUUUGGACCACAAGCUGCUCCAGGAAGAAGUAACAAGAAGCCGUUCUGAAGGAAAUGAAUCUCAUCAUCCUGCAACUCGAACUCAUUUACCCAUGGCCAAUCUGAACUCAGCCUAUAUCAUGAGAAACCAAGAAAUCUCUCAGCAGUUUGUAAUUCAGCCAUCUGAGUAUCAGGCUGGUUCAAAGCUGCUCCAGGAAGAAGUAACAAGAAGCCGUUCUGAAGGAAAUGAAUCUCAUCAUCCUGCAACUCGAACUCAUUUACCCAUGGCCAAUCUGAACUCAGCCUAUAUCAUGAGAAACCAAGAAAUCUCUCAGCAGUUUGUAAUUCAGCCAUCUGAGUAUCAGGCUGGUUCAAAGGGAAAAUUGUUCAUCAAACCAUAA